AUGACGAAUUUACAAGGUUCAUACGAUAAGAAAUCAUAUCUCUCGGUAACAGGCCUUAGAGCGGCCAAAUAUGGCCGCGAUUCCAAAACAAGCUGCUCGAGAGUGAACCUAUCUCAAAUGAAGCUAGAUAAGUUGAUGGAAGGAAAAAAAUGGGAAGAGCUUGAAACAUUUGGUUUAGAAGAGUUGAGAAAUGGCUUUUUUGAUCCCGUUUAUACAGGGUACGAAAGAAUCAUUCCAUCAGAUCCGCUUAAUAAAGAAAAAGUUCAUCAAAAAUCGCUUUUUCCAUCAACCGAUAUAAAAGAAAUCAGGAAAUUUUGGAAACCAAUAAUGAAGUAUUGUAUAGCCAUCUUUAUCGCUAAUGUCUUAUGUCUCAUCGAGCCUGCUGGUUCUUGGUUUGGAGGUGACUAUAGGUACUUUCUACCGCUAGCUCUAUUAAUUCAUCAUCCCGUUCGAACUGUUGGGGUGCAAUGCGAACUAACAAUCCAGUCAAUUAUUGGUGGUGCUGUAGGAAUGGGAUACUCUGCGUUGAUAUGGUAUGUUUCGACUGCAACAGAACCAGCUGCAAAAGAACAGGGUGGAAUUCUUUUCCUUGGUCUCUUUUUAGGUGCAAUUUUAGCUCAUUGGGUAAGGAGUACUUAUCAACGACUUUUUUAUCUUUCAACCAGCUUUGGUAUCGCGGUUCUAUUCUUUUGUGGAUCAAGUUUGUCCCUAAAUAAAAAAAAUCUCUCCUGGAAAUUGUAUUGGGAUUUUGGUAUAUCAUAUUUAUUUGGUCUUUUACUGUCCUUGCUAGUAUGCUGUAGUGUUUUCCCCCACUCUUGUCAUUCCACAGUAAAGAACACUUUGGUGUCGGCGCUAGAAGAUAUUAAAAUUCUUCUAACGUCACUCGUAGAUUCUAACCACUGCGAUGAUACUGAUAGGAUACGUGAAGCCCAACAUUCGAUGAUUCAAAAUAUAAACAUAAGUUUAUCAGAAGGGUUGAGGGAGUUUAGUAAUCAAGCUACGAUAACAAUAUUCGACCCAGAAUGUUUAAAGGAGCUAAGAAAUAUAAUAACAUUUACCACCUCCCCUCUUCGUGUGUUGCCUUUGAAAAAUGUUAUAUUGACAAGAAGUGAAUUAGAUAGAUUUUUACAUGAAGGAGCAGGUCUCGAGAGCCCAUCUCCGCGAGAAGGAUCAGCCGAUUCUCCAAUGGUUAUAUCUGGUGCAGUAACACCACUACCAUCUGCCAUCAGUCCCACCACUCCAAUCGAUAUUGAUGCAGCAAUUUAUUCAAACAUCCUAAGGUCAUCAUUCGCAAAGGCAAUCUUCCAAUUAAUACGGGAAAUGCUUUUAGUUCUUGAGAAUACCCAAUAUUGCAUGGAAGUAUGCUCUACAUUUUUUGUUAAUAAGAAUGACAUUGAAGAGGCAAAGAGUAAACUAGAAAAGUUGCAAAAACGACUAAGACGGAAGAUAUACAAAUUGGACGUUACAUAUAAAGAGUUCACAAAAACCGACUUUUUUUGCAAAGACCUUCUUCAAGAUCCAAAUUCGAUAGAUGCUUUUUUAUUCUUGAGGUAUAUUAGACAAUCAGCAAAAUCAAUGAUCGCCUUAACAGAGAGAACUGUAGAUCUCAUAAACAACCGUCAUUUUCGUAUAUGUCUACCAAACUAUCCUUUAAAAAGAUCCCUUACACGACUACCAAAUCAGUGUGCACUUGAUCAGGGGGGCGAUACUGUUCUGCACUAUUUUGAAACGAAGAGGGAUGUAGAUGAAGCAUUUGAAAAAAUCUAUAACAGUUACACCUCAAAACACAAGUAUAAUGAUGGGAAGGGAAAAAAUUUUGAGACUUAUACAAGGGCUAUAGAUCAUAAUGAUUUUAACUUUCAUACCACUACAAAUCCUAUUAGAUUCAAACUAUGGCAAUUGACCACCGUAUUAACAGGUCCCGAAUUGAAGUCUAGUCUAAAAGUCGCCUUCAUUUUGACCUUUUUGCUAUUGCCAUCGUGGCUCAAAGAAUCUCAUGUUUGGUAUGAUUCUUAUCAUUGCUGGUGGGGUCCAGCAAUAUUUUUUAUUUUGACAAACAGAAGAAAUGUUGCUACAUGGAAAGGUAUUUUGAGAAGAUUUUUGUAUGGUGUUUUUUCAAUAGUAUGGGCAUUUUGUGGAUGUGUCUCAAGGCACAAUAGCCCUUAUGUGAUUGCCACUUUUGGGGCCAUACUCAGUGUUCCCUUAGCAAUCAACUUCUUUGUCAAUAAGAAUACUAAAUCUAGCUUCACAGCGUUAGCUUGCUUUGAUAUCAUAGCCUUGGGUAUAUAUGCUAAAGGAGACGGAAAAAGACUACAUACAUCAAUGAUUUGGAAAAAUACUUGGAUUACUGGAAUUGCAUUGCUAAUUGGGGUAUUAUUGUCCAUUCCUACAACAUGGUUGAUAUGGUCAUUCAAAACCAGAAGAGAGCUCAGAUUAGCGAUGUCUUCGUUGCUUUCACACAUAAGCCAGUCUUACCAAUCAGUAACAGAUAGAUACUUGUAUCGUGAUAUCGAUGAUGAUCCCACUGAUCUAACCUUAAGGCUAUCUAAUAUAAGAGAAGUGAGACUUUUCCAAAGUUUAAUUGCUGCAAGGAAUCUAUUAGAGAGAGCAAAACAAGAACCAAAUUAUAUCUCUAAUUUUAAACCAUAUUUGUAUGAAGAUUUGAUUGAUAAUUGUAUGGUGUUAUUAGAAAAGGUGAUAGAAGCUCGGAUAUCUGGCCAAUACUUUGAGGUUUGGGAAAACGAUGCAGAUGAGGAAAUCACCCAUGCAUUGCUCUCACUUAGAAGGGAUAGUGUAUCAUCUGUCAUCUUCGUGUUUUAUAUCCUCUCGAACUGUUUUAGGUCAAAAAAUAAGAUACCAAAGUAUCUUCCAAAUCCAAUGUUAUCUAGAAAGAAACUCUAUGACUUCAUAAACAAAUUUGAAAGUCUGAGAAAAAGUCAACUCGAAAAUUCAACAUCUCCAUUCAAAAAAAGUUACUUGAAAUCGAACUAUGCCGUUACAAAGGACAUUGAAAAAACCCAUUGGACUGAAGUUCAUGGAAUGGCCUUUUCCCGUGCGUAUACAGAUUUCACAUUCCACCUUGACCGUGUGGUAAAACUCUCCAGAGAAAUAUUGGGAGAAGAAACCAUAUAA